UCGAUAGCGCCACACAAAAUGAAGCUAUUCGGACUGCUUUGGGUAAUGUUGAUACUCCAAGAAAGUACUCUGGCUGUAUUGCAAAACGGAUUUGCCUUCAAGACGUCCAUAUGCGAGGGUAAAAAUGGCGGACUUUUGCCGAUGUUUGGAACUUGCAAGGGAUAUUAUGUGUGUGCAGAUGGAAAGGCUGUGAUCGGAACAUGUCAACCAAAUACCCUGUUUAAUCCAUUAACUUUGCAUUGCGAUGAUUCCAGCAAAGUGGAUUGUAUUUUCGAUGGCAAGGAUAAUGACAGUGAUGAUUCAUCGAAUUCCGAAAGCGAUGAGGACGAUGAGGAAGUGAUCGUUACGACUGAUCCUCCAGUUACUGCCAAGCCAGUGAAAAAACAACGACCUACAAGCCAGGAUAAUGGGCUUUCGGAUAUGACGGAUAGAAUGUGUGCUGGCAAGAAGGAUGGUGUAAUGCUAAUAAAGAAGGGAUCCUGCCGGGAAUACUUUGUCUGCAAGGCGAGAAAGCCGCAUCUUCGCACUUGUUCUGGUCAACAACAUUUUAGUCCAACGCGUCGAUUUUGCAUGAAGGCUUCAGAAGCCAAGUGUUCGGUUGAUUCACAGAAUACCAAACAAUUGGAUGGACCUGCCGUAACAGGAGGAGUAUGUUCAGAUGAAAAAGAAAACUCACUCGUGGCCCAUCGGAGCGAUUGCGGAAAGUUCAUGCUCUGCAGCAACAUGAUGUUUUUGGUAAUGGACUGCCCCACUGGUUUGCAUUUCAAUAGCGCCUCCUCCCGAUGUGAUUAUCCCAAGGUUGCCAAAUGUCAAACGAAGCAAAAGAAUAUCAAGAGCAAAUCAAAGUCGAGAAAACCUGCCCGAAAGGCCAAAUCUCGUUUGUUGUAACUCAACUUUGCUGGUCCAAUAAUAAAGUAUUCGAUAUCAAUUAACAUCAUCUACUGGCCCAGACUUUCCAACCAGACAAAUCUUUUAACAAGUUUUAAUAUUCCAAAU